UGGUGCUUAAGCUGUUAGACUCUUAUUAGAAAAUAAGUUCGAUUAUAAUUGAAAUUAGACAGAUUAUAAAAAUUUUACCAAUUACCCACCAUGGGGUUAUCAGCAUUAUCAACAAAAAUGCAAAGAAACAUAAAAAAGCAAGAAAAGAAGCCUUCUCUCCGUUUCCUUGCUGCAAUCAAAUUUCCAUUAAAAGGAAAAAAUCUAUUGCUGUGAUUGUUUUUUUUUGUCAGGGGAGGGCAUACCCGAAAAAAAAGAAGAAAUCCUGACUCGAAAGUAAAACUUUUUAUAGUUUUAUAAAGCUGACUAGAUCACUGGAUCAAAAUGCGGAAGACUUAUUGUCAUGAUUUUAAGUUAUAACAAAGUCCACCUUUUCAACUCAAAAUCAUUUUGGUAGAUAUCUUAUUUUAUUUUUUUUAUGGAAGUGGGAUUCGUAACUAAGAUUUUGAGCAUAUAUUAGUUUGUCAGAAUAGGGUGGGCUCGCCCAGAGUAGAGAUAAAAACGACAUCGUUUUAAUUUUAUCCCCAUCUCUCUUUCUUUCUCAAAGAGAUAAAAUAUCAUGAAAGCGAAAAACGUAAGAAGAAUUAUCUUACAAUAGAAAAAGAUAAAGCAUGUGAUUGACACUUUAUCAGAUGCUUGCUUUCCUAUGGUGACAGAUCUGCUGCUCUCAGUUUCACGAGAUCUCCUUACUGUUAACUCGCUUUCAUAGCUAAUGGCGUUGAAGCGGGGACUGUCCAGUGUGGGAAUCCACAGGAACAAAAGUUCUGGAUUUCGAUUGCCUUUCGUGACUCUUGUUGUCUUCUCAGUUCUCGCUCCACUUGUUUUCUUCGUCGGUAGAGGGCUUUAUAUAUCUGAUGAAAAUGGUGUUCAAAGUGGUUUUACCAAACAGAAUGUUGAUUGGAGGGAAAAGCUGGCAUUGCAAUCUAUCAAAAACCUUUUCACUAAAGAGGUUAUUGAUGUUGUAACUACAAGCACGGUUGAUUUGGGGCCACUAAGUCUUGAUUCUUUCAGAAAAGGCAAUUUGUCUGCGUCAUGGAAAGUUACUAGGGUAGAGAUAUCAGUUGAGGAUAAUGGUACUUCUCAGUCAAACCAAAAGACUACAGACUUGAAACAAGAAAUAUCUCAAGUUAAAGAGGGAAAGCUUUUAGAUGAUGAUCAUUCACAUGAUACACCUGCUAAAACACUUCGAAGGCAACUUAGAGAUAAUAGACGCAAGAAGCGGGCAGCUGAAUUGGUGCAACAAGAUGAUGAAGCUACUGUGAAACUUGAAAAUGCAGCCAUUGAACGAUCCAAAGCUGUGGACUCUGCAGUUCUGGGCAAAUACAAUAUAUGGAGGAAAGAAAAUGAGAAUGAUAACUCUGAUUCCACAGUACGCUUAAUGAGGGAUCAAAUUAUAAUGGCAAAGGUUUAUGUAGGUAUAGCAAAGUUGAAAAAUAAGCUUGACUUCCUACAAGAACUGCAGAUCAGGCUCAAAGAGAGUCAGCGUGCCUUAGGAGAGUCAACAGCUGAUGCUGAUCUACCUCACAGUGCCCCUGUGAAAAUUAAAGCAAUGGGCGCGGUUUUAUCGAAAGCAAGAGAGCAAUUGUAUGAUUGCAAGUUGGUCACCGGAAAGCUCAGAGCAAUUCUUCAGAUAUCAGAAGAACAAGUUAGGAGCUUGAAAAAACAGAGCACGUUCCUUAGUCAAUUAGCUGCCAAAACAAUUCCCAAUGCGAUCCAUUGCUUGUCGAUGCGUUUGACCAUAGAAUACUAUCUCCUUCCCCUAGAGAAGAGAAAGUUCCCUAGAAGUGAGAAUUUGGAAAAACCAUAUUUCUACCAUUAUGCCCUCUUCUCUGAUAAUGUCUUGGCUGCAUCAGUUGUUGUCAACUCAACUAUCAUGAAUGCUAAGGAUCCUUCAAAACAUGUUUUCCAUCUUGUUACCGAUAAACUUAAUUUUGGAGCAAUGAACAUGUGGUUUCUGUUAAAUCCCCCGGGAAAAGCCACCAUUCAUGUUGAAAAUGUUGAUGAAUUCAAGUGGCUUAAUUCAUCCUAUUGCCCUGUCCUACGGCAGCUUGAGACUGCUGCAAUGAAGGAAUAUUAUUUCAAGGCAGAUCAUCCAACCACAUAUGGAUCUUCAAACUUGAAGUAUCGAAACCCAAAGUAUCUCUCAAUGCUUAACCACUUGCGGUUCUAUCUGCCACAGGUAUACCCUAAGUUAGAUAAUAUCCUCUUUCUUGAUGAUGACAUUGUUGUCCAGAAAGACUUGACUGGAUUAUGGUCUGUGGAUCUCCAUGGAAAAGUAAAUGGUGCAGUAGAAACUUGUGGUGAAAGCUUUCAUCGUUUCGAUAAGUAUCUAAACUUCUCAAAUCCUCAUAUUUCACGAAACUUUAAUCCUAAUGCUUGUGGAUGGGCAUAUGGAAUGAAUAUGUUUGAUCUCAAGGAGUGGAAAAAGAAGGAUAUAACUGGCAUAUACCACAAGUGGCAAAAUAUGAAUGAAGAUAGAGUGUUGUGGAAGCUUGGGACACUCCCUGCAGGGCUGAUUACAUUUUAUGGUCUGACACAUCCACUUGAGAAGUCAUGGCAUGUACUUGGUCUGGGCUAUAAUCCAAGUGUAGACAAGAGAGAAAUUGAACGUGCAGCAGUUAUCCACUACAAUGGAAACAUGAAACCGUGGCUGGAGUUGGCUAUGACAAAAUAUCGACCAUACUGGACCAAGUACAUCAAGUAUGAUCAUCCCUACCUUCGCAGCUGCAACCUUAGUGAAUGAACCUGAUUAAUCAUAACAUUUUUUUUUUUUGCUUUGCUUCUCUCUCUAUCCCACAUUGUUUAUUUUUCUUUGUAAUUCAUUAAAUUCAUUCCCUCAAGCACUCACCCAUUGGAACGAGUUAAGAAAUUGUAUGCAAUGUUAACCUGUGAAAACACCCCAUGAAUUUUUACCCCCUCCAUUUUGGAGAUAAGUUAAUUUUAGACAGAAUAGUGAACCUCAUAUGAACCUGAGUCCACCGUAUUUUUCGAACAAUGGAUCGUUUUGCAGGAUUUAAUAUGUAUGAGUUUUUAUAUCUCAAAUAUACUAAAUUUCUAUGUUUUCU